AAGAAGAAGAAAAAAAUAAGAUACUAAAAUCUUGUAUUUAAUUCUAAUAUUAUCUUUUCCCUCUUUGAACCUUUAAAAAAUAGAACCAAAGACAUUAAAGCCACCAAAAAACAAAUUGACCUCAUGCAGAUGUCUUAAAUAGACAAGGCAUCUUAGGCUCAUGUGAGCAGAAAGGGUGACAAACUUACACCAGCAGAGAAGCAGGAAGAGCUGCAAAGGGAGGUUUGACUGCAAGCUUGGAAGAGAUGGCUUUCUGAAAAUGUCUCUGAAGGUGACUUGGCAAGAAGCUCUUCUCCAAAGUCUACUUUUACAUAUCUCGUUAAUGAUUAGCCAUCCAAAGAACUGAAUGCCAAAGCUUUCUGCUGGCAAGGAGGUAAAGAAAGAGAGCAGGAAAGAAACGCAGGGCUCUACCUUGAAGUCCUUCCUCAGAUACUAAGUCGGUGAAAAACAGUCACCAAGAGAGGAGAAGGGAGAUGGCCACAACAAGAAAGCUGAGCCCCACAGAAGGGGAGAGUAAGCACUCCCAAGACAUGCAAUUGGAUGAGAAGCUCAUUCCCAGGAAAGUUCAAAGUCUAUGUUCUGUUCGCUAUGGAGUGGCCUUCAUCCUACAACUCUGCAACAUCAUACUGAUGUCACAAAAUACUAUCAUGAACAUCACCAUGGUAGCCAUGGUCAACAACACAGACCUUCAGCCUCAGGUUAAUGUCUCCACCGAGGGGCUGCCUGUGAAUUCGUCCGGUGGCCCAAAUAAAGCCGCAAAUAGUCUUCCUGCAGGGGUCCCUGUAUAUAAUUGGAGCCCUGAAAUCCAGGGUAUCAUCUUUGGUUCUGUCAACUAUGGCAUAAUAUUGACUCUGGCUCCCAGUGGAUACCUGGCUGGAAGAGUAGGAACAAAGCGAGUGUUUGGUGUUGCUUUGUUUGGAUCUUCACUUCUCAUUCUUUGUACCCCUCUGGCAGCUGAUCUUGGACUAACUGUUCUCAUUGUAACUCGAAUAGUCCAUGGCAUAAGCCAGGGAUCAGGAUUGGGGGGUCAGUAUGCACUUUGGGAAAAAUGGUGUCCUCCACAUGAACGAAGCAGACUCUGUGCCAUAGCUUUAUCAGGAAUGGCACUGGGACCCUUCGUUGCUAUCCUCCUGGGUGGCUUCAUCAGUCAAGUCAUUGGGUGGCCUUUUGUCUUUUAUAUCUUUGGAGGUUUGGGCUGUGUCUGGAGCCUUCUCUGGGUUGUUCUGGUUUAUGAUGACCCUGUUUCUCACCCUUGGAUAAGCAUCUCAGAGAAGGAAUACAUCACAUCCUCCUUGGCCCAACAGGUCAGCUCUUCUAGGCAGUCUCUGCCCAUCAAAGAUAUGGUCAGAUCUCUACCCGUUUGGUCCAUGAUUCUUUGCUCUUUGGGCUACCAAUGGUUAAUUACUGUACUGGUUGUAUACACACCGACUUAUAUCAGCUCUGCGUUCGACAUUAACAUCAGAGAUAAUGGGAUCGUGUCUGCCCUUCCUUUUCUUUUGGCCUGGGCCUUUGGCAUCCUAGGAGGCCAACUGGCAGAUUUCCUUCUGACCAAGAAUUUUAGGCUUGUUACAGUGAGGAAACUUGCCACAGUUUUAGGAAAUCUCCCUUCUUCAGCGAUCCUUGUUGCCCUGCCCUACCUCAGGUCCAGCUACAUUACAACAGUAACCUUUCUGAUCAUCUCUUGCGGACUAGCGUCGCUGUGUCAGUCAGGGGUUUCUAUUAAUGCCUUAGAUAUUGCUCCAAGACAUUCCAGUUUUCUCAUGGGAGUCGCCAGGGGAUUUGGAUACAUAGCAGCUGUCCUGGUACCCACUGUCAGUGGAUUUCUCCUCAGUCAGGACCCUGAAUUUGGAUGGAGGAACAUUUUCUUCUUGUUGUUUGCCAUUAACACGUUAGGACUGGUCUUCUACAUCAUAUUUGGAGAAGCAGAUGUCCAGGACUGGGCUAAAGAGAGGAAAGUCACUCGUUUAUGAAGUUAUUCUACCUUGGAUGGAAAAGCCAUUAGACACCUUAUUUCACAAAUGGAAAGGAAUUAGUGAUGAAAAUACCCAUGGAAAAAAUUGUGUUGUGGUUCUUUUCAAAUAUGAGAUAAAUUCUUUCUUUUACUUGGAUUUCUUUUUGAAGAAAAUGCAAGAUGAAUGAAAAUUCAGUUAAAAUGAUAGCUAAGAACAUAGUUGUCGCUUCAUGGAAUUAACAAUGGACUCAGAGGAGCUGCUGUGUGGGAGCCAAGAUGCCAAAUUCACAGUUCCUGGACAUUGAAACAAGAAUCCAUGUUUUGAAACUCUUAAUCUAGGGUGGCAACCUUGUUAAAAAAAAAAAAAAAAUUGUUAAAGCAACGAUUUUUCCUGAUUUUGAAAAUAAAUAUCACUUUAUAUUUUUCUGCUUUGGGUAUUGUCUAUUUGCUCCUCCUGUGUGUGCUCCAAUCUUCAUCCUGCUUAGGCCCCAGGGACCGACCUGCAUGAACUGCAUCUUAUACUCCCUUAUCUACUGGCUCCUGUUGGAUUUCUUUUUUUUUAAUUGGUGUAAAAAUAUAUGUAG